UUGUCCAAUAGUUACCUUCAAAUCGGUCUCCUCGACAAGUGUAGUGAUCUUGCAAUGUUCAAAUUUUUACUCGUAGCAGCACUUGUGCCAGCACUGAGUCUGGCUCAAAGUCUCUUUCCACGACAAUGUCCAAACGGUGCCUCAAUGCCGGCAUACAUGGAGAUUAACGGUUGCACCACAUCACCUUGUACGAUUCCGGUCGGAGAUCCGAUUGCUGCCUAUGCCAAGGGCAUUGUGAGUCCGGUGGCCACGGCAACCCUAACGCCCAGCUUGGCGAUCCGGUUACUGGGUCUGGAAAUACCGUUCCCGAUUCCGGAUGAACUUCAAGAUGCUUGCGCUGUCGGCACGGAACCUGGAACCUGCCCGGUAGCGGCAGGUCAGGAAUUUGACUACAUCCUGUACUACGAAGAUGAACCGUUCCCGAUCUCAGGUGUAACGGUCGAAAUCGAGGUUGGACUGAAGGCCGAUGAUGGUAGCUAUAUUACGUGCGUUGCUUUCGAUGUUUACAUUCAAUCGUAAAGUAGCUAGGAUAAAUAAAUGUUCUGUUUCGGUAAAGUUGACCAAUAGA